CAAAUUAAGCGGGCAGCAUGUCUUCCAAAUAUCGAGAACCUUUCAGGUCCAUGCAACUACCCACUAGUUGGGCCGAUCCCAAAGGCGUUUGCGAAUCCAGAGAGCCGCGGGACGAGUCUCGAUUAUCAAAGACCGAUAGCAAUCCUCCCCGCGCAUCAUCCUUGGAUUCCCGCAGCCCGGAUCCCCAGCCGGAUACCACGUCUUCUUAUUGAUGACAAGAAUUUUCAUGGCUCAGAAGUUCAUGUCAAUUUCAUCAGUCUGCC